AUGCUAGAAAAUAAUCAGAUUCCUCCUGGGGGUUCCAGGAAGGCUCAAACCGGAAAGGAGGACAACGCUAACAAGUACCCGGAGUAUUGCAGAACCAUUCGGGUGCAAGAGGCAAACGGCAGUAUUAAGGAGCUUGUAUUCCCGAAGGCGCUGGAUUUAGACCGUCCGAAGCGAGCCAGGACAACGUUCUCCCCGGACCAGCUGUAUGAUCUGGAGAAGGAGUUCCAGAGGAACCAGUAUCUCGUCGGGAAAGAGAGAACGGAGCUUGCCAAUAGGCUCAAACUCUCAGAAACUCAGGUCAAAGUUUGGUUUCAGAACCGAAGGACAAAAUAUAAACGUGAUAGGGUCAGAGACGCGGAGGUCAGGGACGCUAAGUCAGAAAGUUUUGCCGCGUGCAAUAUUCUGCGCAUGCUACAAACAGACUCAUCUCAAGGGACACAACCGUGUGCACCACACAUUAAUACAUUCCUUCCGGCAUAUCACCCCUACGCCUUUGCAGGAUACAGUCCAACAUAA